AUGGCCUCUGAGUCCGGCGUCAACAAGUGUGAUUCCGGCACUGGUCCGUUCGCCCAAUCAUCGAAAUACCACCCCAAACCAUACACGAAGCGCCUUCAAAAGGAACAAUUCAUCUGUGAUAGGUACUUUCCUGCGAUGGUUUAUAAUAUGGAGGCACAUUGCCCUUCCAAGCACAGUUCAGUUCGGGUGGUUGCUCGGAUUCUGCCGAUGAAACCGAAUGCUUCAGACACACUCCUACCUGAGAUUACUGCCGUCAAUAUCAAUAAGAUGAUACCAGAGGAACCCCCUGAUGAAGAAAUCAUUGAAUGCAAUAAACAGGAAAUUUGUUACGGAGCAGGAGACGCAGUAUUCUCAUCAUUCGUCGUAGCACCGCUAGUGGUUAGUGUUUGGAGAGGAAUAUGGGGUAUAAUGGAUUUAUACCCUCAUUUGUUUCCUCACGCUCAGAUAUUCGUCCUGGGAAUCAUAAUACAUACCAGCUUUGCUUUAGUUAGAUCAUUCCUGUUAUCACGUUCACGGGAUGCAUGGGGGGAAGGCAGAGCUGGAAGAUGGCUUCGGGAGCGGUUCCUCAGCAAAGUGUACACAUAUGUUUUCAUCCUCUCGAAUAUAAUGCACUGGAGAGGAGGCUUUGGACUUUUAGACAUGUUCGUUACUCAUAUUAUCCCUGAGGAUGAUAACUGCCAUAGACCAGUUUUAAUCGGAGCCCUGACUCUACUGUUCUAUCUGGUCACCAUUUGCUUCCGCUCUUCCCGUAACAUUUUAGCGUCACCAUACUUUCUGGUCUCAGAUGGGAAAGAGGCCACGUACAUCUUCACUACACGAUUCCAAAGUAAGAAAAAGUUCUAA